CAAGAUCUUCCUUCCUCAGUUCCCUUAAAUCACAGCCCAGGGAAAUCUGCUCAGAGACUUCAUUGAGCCACGGACCAGCAUGUCUGGGGGCAAAUACGUAGACUCCGAGGGACAUCUCUACACCGUUCCCAUCCGGGAACAGGGCAAUAUCUACAAGCCCAACAACAAGACCAUGGCAGACGAAAUGAACGAGAAGCAGCUGUACGACGCGCACACCAAGGAGAUUGACCUGGUCAACCGCGACCCCAAGCAUCUCAACGACGACGUGGUCAAGAUUGACUUUGAAGAUGUGAUUGCAGAGCCAGAAGGGACACACAGUUUCGACGGCAUCUGGAAGGCCAGCUUCACCACCUUCACUGUGACAAAGUACUGGUUCUACCGCUUGCUGUCCACCAUCUUCGGCAUCCCGAUGGCUCUCAUCUGGGGCAUUUACUUUGCCAUCGUGUCCUUCCUGCACAUCUGGGUGGUCGUGCCGUACAUUAAGAGCUUCCUGAUUGAGAUUCAGUGCAUCAGCCGUGUCUAUUCCAUCUGCAUCCACACCUUCUGCGACCCGCUCUUUGAGGCUUUUGGCAAAGUAUUCAGCAAUAUCCACAUCAACAUGCAGAAAGAAAUAUAAAUGACAUUUCGAGGAUAGAAGUACACCCGAUUCUUGUUUUUUUUUUUCCUUUUAAUAUUCUUGGUGCCAAUUUCAAGUUUUAAGUUGCUAGGACAGCAACAAUACAUGAAUGAAUUUUCUUGGCUCAGAACAAAGAAAUCACUCAGUUUUCCUAGUUAUUAUUUGUCUCUUCUGAGUUAUUUCAUCUAUGUUUUGGGGUGGUUUGGAUUUUUUAAACUCAUUUAAAAUGUUUUCCUCAUAUUUUUAUUUGCAUGUGGAUCAUUGUUUUAUUGCCUGAAAUCUGAACCUAUUGUUGAAAGAUAAUUUGAGAGACAUAUGAAGAACCGAGGAGGAAAAAUAAGAACCAACAACCUCAACUGCCUAUUCUAAAAUGGCCAUUUUUAUGGUGAGGGAAUAAUCCCAGGCUAUGGCCAUUGAUUGUACAGGUUUGUGAGCUGCUUUCAAGCAAACUCUCCCCUCCCCAUCUGCUGUGUUAGUGGAUUGCUGCCAUUCAGCUCAAUGAUCCCAUGGGAUUUAGUGAUCGUUAUCAACUUAGAAAGCAUACUCUGCAUCCACACAACCCAACCAAUCAAUGCCUUACCCUUCUUGAAAUUUCAACCUGUGAUACUUUCUGUGCCUGAAUAUUUGUUAUAUAGAUAAUGGGACUUAAGUGCCUUGCUGUUCUUCACAUUUUCCUUUUUCAAAGAGGGUCCAACUGGUCAACUUUCAUUAGGUCCACAACUUCCCUGGAGAGACCAAAAUUAGAAAACCCAUUACCUAGUUCCCCACACUUGUUUCUGACUCUACGACACAGAGUCAGAUGAAGCUCAUGUCCACUCUUGACCAUGCAUCAUCUUUAUCCAUAUCGAGCAGAGAACACAUCAGUCCCAUGAAAUGAGUUAAGGUGAACAAAUGGGGCUGAGUCCUCUCUGUGCUGGCAGGAGUGGAAGCCAGCUUUCCCUGCCUCUCAUCAGCUGAAUGAGGUUAGCAUGUCUAUUCAGCUUCAUUUAUUUUCAAGAAUAAUCACGCUUUCCUGACUCCAAACUAAUCCAUUACCGGGGUGGUUUAGUGGCUGGACAUUGUGUUUCAUUUUCAGCUGACCGGUGGGCCUCCGGAGAAGGGCUCAUCAAAUGGCCAUUGUGUGAGACUGUCAUAGUCGUUGCAAACAUGACCCCUUUGAAGGAGAGCUUGUCUGUUAUGCUGUGACACAUGGCCCCUCCCCUGCCAGGAGCUUUGGACCUAAUCCAAGCACCGCAUUUCUCAGAGAGAAGAUAAGGUGGGGGAGGAGGCAGUAAUAAAAGAUUGAGGUCGUUUUGCUGGAAUAAAUUUGAAUUCUUCUGAACUCAAACUGAGGAAUGUUACCUGUAAACCUGAGUCAUACAGAAAGCUGCCUGGUACAUCCAAAAGCUUUUUAUUCUUUCUGCUCAUAUUAAGACUCAGCCCUUGGGAAUUUAUUUUUAACCUUUAGUAAUGCUUUUACUUUAGUUUCAUACACCUGUUGAAAUUCUCCUUGAAUUUUUUUUUUGCAUCUUCCAGUUUCCCUGACACUUUAGUUACCAAAGUGUUACCUACUUUGAUUUUUUGCAUUUAAAACAGACACUGGCAUGAACAUAGUUUUACUUUUAAACUGUGUACAUAAUUGAAAAUGUACUAUACUGCAUACUUUAAAAUGUAAAGAUAGUUUUAUCUUUAUAUGAGAAAAAUCACUUGGGAAAUUACUUUGUGAUUCAAUCUGUAAACUGUGUAUCCCAAGACAUGUCAGUUCUACACAGAUGCUUAGUCUCUUGUGCACAUCAAAUGCUGGUCCAAAAGAUUGCUGCAAUUUUAUAUGCUUACUGAUAUAUUUUACACUUUUAUAUUCUGCAUGCCCUGUAAAGGUUACAAGUCUACACAAUAAAAAUGUUUAACUGUUCAA